AUGAGUUUUGAAAUUCAAGAGGAAUAUUAUGUCCCCCCAGAAGUCUUAUUUAAUGCAUUUACCGAUGCAUACACUUUAACAAGACUAUCUAGAGGUUCUUUAGCUGAAGUGGACCUAAAAGUUGGAGGGAAGUUUACACUUUUUUCUGGAAGCAUAAGUGGCGAAUUUGUUGAAAUUGACAAGCCAAAUAAAAUAAUUCAAAAAUGGAGAUUUAAAGAUUGGAAUGAUUUAGAUUAUAGUAAGGUGACAAUGGAAUUUGUGCCCAUAAAAGAAAAUCACACUAUGCUUAAGUUGAAGCAUGAUAAUAUUCCACAAACUAACAGAUAUAAUGAAGGAGGCACAUUAGAAAGAUGCAAAGCUGGAUGGGUAGAGAAUUAUUUACGUAAUAUUGAAAUGGUAUUGGGAUACCCUAAGAAAAAAUAG